GUUUCAACCGUCUUCGUCAUAAAAAUAAGAUAUUUUGGACAAAUUUAAAAAUUCACAGAUACUAUAGGCAAAUCUACAACAUUACUUGUCCAGGAAAUUUUCCGUUCUGAAUAACAAAACCAAAAGGGUCGUUUAGAAACGGGUGUGCCCUAGAUUUAUCUACGUGGCGUUCGUAGCAUUAACUCCGCACAGAGUCCCCAACUAAAGUCAACCUACGUUUUCGCAAAUAGAGUACAAAUUUGUACCUGUUCUUUGUUCACGUAGAUCUCCAAUCCUUUUCAGAUUCUAAGUACAUUAGGUUUUCGUUUGGAUUUGUGAGAACUCAACGAUGCCUCUGAAAGCACGGAGAAAGAUACCUUCAGGGUCUGGAUCUAAAAGAGGUGGCACGCCAAAGUCUCAGGCAAAGCCCGUAAAUGUAGAGGAAUCUAUGAAGGUAGAGGAAAAAGAAGAGAAUAAGGAUAAGGCGGUCGAGCUCAAAGAGGAAUUGAAGGUCGCCGAAGAAAAGUCCGAGAAGAAAAGCGGGAUGACUUCAGAGAAGAAGGUGGACGAAGUGAAAGUGUCGGUCGAUCAAUAUGAAAAGGGUGAGCGGUUAGAUUUGGAGGAUAAUGACCCUGAAUAUGACCCUGAAGAGUAUGGCAGUGUUGAUUAUGAUGAGAGAAGAAUUGAAAAUAAUGUUAUUCAGGAAGAGGGAGAUGAAAUAGAGGAAGAACCUGAAGAGGGAGAUAUUGGUGAAGAGGAAGAGGGUGAUAUGGUUGAAGAGGAUGUUGAAGAUGUUCUCGAGGAAAUUGAGGGUAAUGAAGAAGAUGAGCAUGCUGGGGAGGAGCAUGCUGCGAUGUUUGAAUCCGCCGAGGAGGAAGAACAUCAAGAAGUUGUUAAAGAAAGGCGUAAGCGGAAGGAAAUUGAAAUAUUUGUUGGGGUUGACAAGGAUGCUACUGAGGAUAAUCUCAGGAAGGUCUUCAGUAAAGUUGGCGAGGUUACCAAAGUGAGGCUUAUGAUGAAUUCUCAUACAAAGAAGAAUAAAGGAUUUGCAUUCCUGCAAUUUGCCACUGUGGAACAAGCAAAACGAGCUUGUACUGAGCUGAAAAAUCCACUGGUCAAUGGCAAAGAGUGUGGUGUUUCUCCAAGUCAAGACAAUGAUACCUUGUUUUUGGGUAAUAUAUGCAAGACCUGGACAAAAGAAGCUCUAGAAGAGAAGCUGAAGCAUUAUGGUGUUGACAAUAUUGAGGAUUUGACGUUGGUUGAAGACACUAAUAAUGAGGGAAUGAAUCGAGGAUUUGCUUUCGUGGAGUUCUGUUCACAUUCGGAGGCCAUGUAUGCUUUUAAACGGUUACAAAAGAGAAAUGUUACAUUUGGAGUUGAUAGGCCCGCAAAGGUUUCUUUUGAAGAUUCAUUCAUUCAUCCCGGGGAUGAAAUCAUGGCACAGGCAGCUCGACUCCGGCGACAUAGGCAGCUCGCAGCUCCGGUCACAGGCCACCGAUUCCGGUGGGUCUAUCUGAAGGAUUUGCUGGUUCCGACCAGAUCUGAUUCCAUCAGUUCCAGAUCUGAGUCCGGCGGGACUCUGGCGAAUCUCCGGCGAUUAGGCGGGACAUGGAGAGCUUAUGUUGAUGGUGGCUAUGGGCAACGGUUUGAAAGGCCCCCUACAUCUUACCGUGAGGGACGUGGUCGUGAAUAUGAUCUGUCUGGUUCAAAAUGUCCAUACACUGCAGUGGAUGAUGUUCAUCCCCGCUACGCUGAGGCAGGAGUGCGGCAUUCUCAUGCUCAUUUGGAUUAUGAGGUAGCCAGUGGAAGUGGCUCCCAAUAUGGAGAUGCAUAUGGCGACCGACUUGGGAGAUCAAAUCUUGGAUGUGGUGGCAAUAGGAGCUCCCUUUCUGGUCAAGAUUCUCAUAGGAUGUAUAGGAGUCGUCAGGGUAUGGGGUAUGGUGGAGGUGGAAUGUUCUCGUCCAGCU